UUCAGUUAUCCUCUCACUCCUCACAAGAAAAGAUGGAUAAGAAUUCUAAGAAGCAAACCAUUAUUGGCAACAUCGCUGUCGCAACGCUACUCUUCUCAGCCCUUUUUCUCUUCUACUGUUGGUCUUCUUCCUCCUUCACUCUUCCUAAUCCAUUCUUUUUACCUUCCAAUCAAUCCCUCUGCACUAAGAGCACCGCCAUUGAUGGCCAUAAAGGACAACAGGAUAAUAUCGAGCUGGAUUCAGCUCUGGCAAAAGCUUCGACGGAAAACAAAACGGUUAUAAUUGCAAUAGUGAACAAAGCAUAUGUGGAGCAAGAAGAAGAUAACGUUGACGGCGAGAGCACAAUGCUUAACAUAUUCUUAAGAAGUUUCUGGUUAGGAGAAGGAACAAGGUCUCUGGUGGAUAACCUUCUGAUUGUGGCGGUUGACAAAACCGCCUAUGAUAGGUGCAGGUUCAUGCGGUUGAACUGCUUCAGGCUGGAAACAGACGGGGUUGAUUUUGGUGGAGAGAAGCUUUACAUGUCUAAUGAUUUUAUCAAGAUGAUGUGGACAAGAACUCGUUUCUUAUUGGAUGUUCUUAAACGGGGUUACAACUUCAUCUUCACGGACACAGAUGUAGUGUGGCUUAGAAAUCCAUUUACCAAGUUAAGCAAUAAUGAGACAGAGGAUCUCCAAAUAAGCACAGAUCAUUUCAAUGGCAAUAGUUGGUCACCAGAAAUUCAACUAAUCAACACUGGAUUCUACUUUGCUAGAUCAAACAACAAAACCAUCUCCUUAUUUGAGACAUGGUAUGCCAAAAAGGACAACUCCACAGGAAUGAAAGAGCAAGAUGUGCUCCUUAACAUGAUUCGAAAUGAGGGCAUAAUUGGAAAAUUGGGUCUUAGGGUUAGGUUCUUGGAUACACUUUAUUUUAGCGGGUUUUGCCAAGAUAGCAAGGAUUUUAGGCAGGUUACUACAGUGCAUGCUAAUUGUUGUAGGAGCAUCUUUGCUAAGGUGAAAGAUCUUAAGGCUGUUUUGAGAGAUUGGAUGCAAUUUAAGAGAUUAGAAGAGUCUAAUAAUUCUAUGGUGAAUGAUAUUAAGUGGAGUGUGCAUGGGCAUUGUUGGCAUUCAUGGAGAAUAUCUAACAACACAAAAGGGUAAUAAGCAUCACUUAAGUAUAGUUCAAUGAUGGUAUUACUUUUGAGAUUCCAAA